AUGCCCGCCAUGGAUAUCCCGGCCACGAUGAAAGCCGUCGUUUUCGACGGUCCCCGAAAAGUCUCAGUUCAAGCCCGUCCCGUUCCCCGGGUCAGUGAUGGCCGUGAUAUCAUCAUAAAGGUACAAGCUACCGCUCUCUGUGGCUCUGAGCUCCAUGUCUAUCGCGGGCACCAAAAAUCUGGCACUGGGUUCAUCAUGGGCCAUGAAUUCACUGGCGUAGUGGUGGAAGCCGGUGCAGACGUCAAGACACUCAAAGUCGGCGACAAGGUCGUGUCUCCGUUUACGUCUUGCUGCGGCGAAUGCUUUUAUUGCCAAAAUGAGGCAACUUCUCGCUGUGUUCAUAGCAAGUUAUUCGGCUCCGCCGUUCUCGAUGGCGGACAGGCCGAGUAUGCGCGCAUCCCCAUGGCGGAUAGCACUGCGAUCCAGGCACCCAAGUCCAUUUCCGACAAGGCCCUCAUCUUGAUGGCCGAUAUUUUCCCCACCGGAUAUUAUGGUGUAAAGAGUGCCGUGGAGCUGAGACCAAAGAUCGACAUUUCACAGUCAAGUUUUGUCGUCAUUGGAUGUGGCCCAGUCGGGAUUUGCGCCAUUAUCAGCGCUCUUGACCUCAAACCCAAGCAGGUCUUUGCAGUCGACAAUGUCGACCGUCGGCUGGAGAUGGCCAAGAGCCUUGGCGCUGUGCCACUAAAUUUCGAUGUUGGAAUUGACAAGAUGCAAGAGCAAGUUCGGAAUGGAACGGGCGGCCGCGGCGCAGACUUUGUCGUCGAGGUGGUGGGAUUAUCCCCUGCGCUGAAGACGGCGUUUGAGUUGGUGCGCCCAUUUGGUGCCAUGAGCAGUAUAGGUGUUCACAACGCUGAGAUUCCUUGGACUGGUGCUGACGGCUACGCCAAAAAUGUGCGGUUCCAGAUGGGCCGAUGUCCAGUCCGUUCCAUCUUCCCUGAAGCGCUUGCUCUCCUUGAGAGGAAGCAAAAGGAUGUCGAAUUCAUGUUUGAUAAUAUCAUGCCGCUGUCUGAGGCAGUCAGUGGAUAUGAAAUGUUUGACCGUAUGAAGGUCCACAAGAUUGUGUUCGUGCCAUAG